AUGGUUCACCUAGCAGCUUUGGGACCUACCAUUAUCUUGGUGAUGUGGGUUCAAACAUUCUUCGCAGCAGUGUUCGUAGGACUACGGAUGUACACUCGAUACUAUAUUGUCCAAGCUACAGGAUAUGACGAUUGGCUUAGCGUAGCCAGUCUUGUGCCAUAUAGUGCAUUCUGUACCGCAGCCGCUGUCUAUGGAUUGGGAUCUCAUUUUGCCGACCUUACAGCCGCUCAAUUCAUCAUGUCCAACAAAAUGGAAAUUGCCGGCCAAACCUGCAACAUCAUCGCCAUCGCCACCAGCAAGUCCACUGUAGCAGUCUUCCUCCUGCGCCUGGUCAUUGUUCCUUGGCACAAAGUUUUCCUCUGGUUCUGCAUUGUCAGUACCGUCAUUGUCUGCGUUAGUUGCGCCGUUCUCGAUUUCUUCCAAAGUUCACCCAUGGCGGCAGUUUUCGAUCCGUCGCUACCUCAUGCUGUCAACUUCAAUUUCACGGCCAAUGCGAUUUUCUCCGGAAGCUAUACGGCGUUGAUGGAUUUUACGUUGGCGCUGUUCCCGUGGUAUUUUCUGGCGCAUGUGCAGAUUAAGAAGAAGGAGAGAUUGACUAUUUCGUUUGGUCUUACUCUGGGUGUUUUUGCCGGGAUAUGUGGUAUUGUUCGAGCCGUCGAAUUGGGAGGGCUAGCGGCUCGAAGUGAUUAUACUUACGACACAGUCCCCCUCAUUCUCUGGGGUUCUAGCGAAUUACUCGUCGCCAUCGCAUGCGCCUGCAUUCCCGUUCUCCGACCCCUGUACAAACAACUCCGCGGCCAAAUGAAAUCAACCGACGAGCGCAGCGGUCCCUACCCCAACAAAAGUAACAGUAAAUUAGGUCAAGCUUAUGCGUUAAGUUCGAUGAGCCGCGAUAAGUUCGCCGCGACUAAAAGGCAACCCAAGGGCUCGAAAUAUAGCGCGCAGGUUGAUAGUGAGAGAGGUGUUGCGGGAAUGGAUAAUGGAAGUGAUGAGAGUAUAUUGAGGGAGGCGUGGAGGUUUGGGAUUAAGGAGACGACGGAGGUGGAUAUUUCGUAUGGGAAGGAGGGGGAGAUACGUGGGGAUGAGGAGAUGGGGGUGGGGAGGGGGAGGUGA